CUACAUUCACGUUGCGGCGAGGCAUUUAUACGGGUGGACAGUAACUAGGCGCUUUAGUCUCUGGUUGGGACGCGACGCGUGAGUAUGGGGUAUGAGAGCACCCCCGAGCGUGUGAACGGUAUCGUCGUGCAUUGAAAACAAAAGUCGUCGCGACGCGGCAGCGUAUCAAGGGGAUCGUAUGAUAGAGAAACGCGUGGAUACGUACGAUCGUGUCAUUUGGCCUGGUAAUUAUCGAACUAUCGCUGCAGUGCCCGUCCAUCGAAGUGAGAAUCCGCCAGUCCGCGAAUGUCCGGCGAAUCGAUCGUGUAACAGUGUAACACGCGACAAGCCCGAGACGAGAUUCGUCGGCCUGAUGAGAACUGGCGGUCUCGCGGCCCGAUAGAUCGAGACGAUAUUCGAGAUUGAAUCGUUCGUCGAUGCGACACUCGCCGUCGCGUGUGCCUGUCAGUGAUACGUGAGGGAAGGUCGCCUUUUUUGUGAACACGGCUGAUAGGUAUCGAUUCGCACAGGCAAUAUGUCGGUGCUUCUCGAGGCGAGGUCUUACAGGCCUUUCAAGUCCUCGGAGGAGUAUUUGGUCGCGAUGAAAGAGGACCUGGCCGAAUGGUUGAACGCGCUGUAUCCGGAGCUGAGAAUCAACGUUGACAAUUUUAUGGACAGGCUGGACACCGGCGUCGCACUCUGUAAACACGCGAACAACGUACGAAAAUCGGCGGCGGAGUACGUGGCGCGGCGACAGGCGCGCAAGAUCUCGAUGACACGAUCGAUGACCUCGUCGCUGGCGUUGCCGAUGAGCCAGCUGAGCGACGUGGCCUUCCUGCCGAACGCGAAGGCCGGCACCUUCUUCGCCCGUGACAACGUGUCGAACUUCAUCGGCUGGUGCCGCAACAGCCUCGGUAUCAUCGAGUGCCUGCUGUUCGAGACCGACGACCUGAUCAUGCGCAAGAACGAACGUCACGUGAUCCUCUGCCUGCUGGAGGUGGCCAGGCGCGGCGCGAAAUUCGGCAUGCUGGCGCCGAUGCUCGUGCAGAUGGAGAGGCAGAUCGACCGCGAGAUCGCCGCGGAGAACAAGGCGGCGAACGGUGCACACGGGAACGGCACCGGGAACGAGGAGAGCGACGACGAGUACGCCGACAUGCACCAGGAGGAGCCGUGUCUCAUUUACGGGCCGCAGCCGCAGAUCGUCACCAACGAUCUGAAGAGCCUCGACGAAAUGGUGAGUCGUUUGUUCGAUUCGAUUUAAUACUCGAAGAUGUAA